AUGAUCUCCGACGAUAAGGAACAUGCCUAUUUGUUGAAGUUGUUGGUGAUUGGUGGCUUUGGCUUCUGGGAUGGUAAUGAGUUGUCGAGGAUCAUGCUCAGUGACUUCAACUCGAAGUCAAAAAUUGGUGUCGAGUUUGCUACCAAAAGCAAUCAGGACGACUGCAUGGCCAAAUGUGUUGAUCAAAGCUCAAAUUCGCCAGGAAAAUACAACGAAAGCGGAGUUGGAAUAGAAACUGAAGAAUGGAGAGUGGCAACUCUGUAA